GUGCAGGGAGAAAACAUGACCUAUUUGUGUCCUUGGGGCAGGAAUGUUGCAUUCAGAUACAGGGUAUUUGUGUUGCGAGAGAAGAGGUCAAGAGUGAUGUCAUCCUCCUUGGAUCUGAAAGAAGAGAGGUCACCUCUAUAAGAGCAAUCCCACCCAGACUGGGUUCAUGUGCCAUUCUCUGCCCCCCGACUCUCAAGAUGUUCACACUCAGAUUGAACUAUCACUUAAGAAGUUUCUGAAGAUUUCAUUUCCAUCAGGCAAGUCUUUCCUUGCUCAAUAGCUGCUGUUUACCAUAAAGCGCUCUCUAAGGCCUCCACUCAGUACGGCUUCAUUUCCCUAACUGCCAGAGUUCCAGUACAGCUGAAUGUCACCUCCCUGCCAGGGGCCACUGUUAAUAAAGCCCGGGAGCCCCAGGAGUCUGAGGUACCUGCGUCAGCCUCUCCCGUCCCGGUAGUCAGGUCUGUCGCUUCCCACUCUUCUCCUACACACACCCUCGCCCCUGCCAUCCCUCACCAUGUCCUCGCUCGCCCCCGCCAUCCCUCGUUCCCACCCUCCCUCGCCCACGGGCCCCUCUAGCCCCUGCCCUCCCUCGUUCCCGCCCUCCCUCGCCCACGGGCCCCUCUAGCCCCUGCCCUCCCUCGUUCCCGGCCUUCCUCGCCCCCGCAAUGCCUCGCCCCUGCCCUCCCUCGUUCCCUGCAUUACCGCUCCCAAACUGCCCAGCCACAGCACCCCUUCAAUAUUUCAGCACUUUCUACUCCUGCCGUAAGUUUUUUGCUGUUCUCUCUUAAUAUUUAAAUAUUUAAAGAGGUAUUCCUGAAGAGGUCAAAGAAAGAAAGGAGAGGCACUUUGUUUUAUUAAGGUUUCAGAUGCUUUUCACUCCAGGUCUAUUGAGGAGAGAGAGGGGGGUAAGGGGUACAACCACUCAGUAGGACUAGAUAACAGCAUUAGUUAUUCAUCUGGACUGGCCUAGACCUGUUGUUGAAUGCCAGGAGACUUAGCACUAUUGAGAAUAUGAACGCUAUUAAAGUCCCAGUACAGUCAAAAUUCUGUUUUUUUUGUUUCAUAUUGUGCAACAGCUGAUGAAAUUAACACUGUAAAUAAGUGAAAAACUCUGUAAAUGUGAUCAUUGUUAUUUCUUAAUUCUGGUUGGAAAUACAAUCUACACAAUACCUUCUAAUCUGCAGGUUUUGCAUGGGUGGAGUUGUGGCUUUCUUGGUGACAUCACCAGGUGGUAAAUGAGUUAAUAGGUCAAUAACAAGGCGUUCCAAACCUCUCUGCCAAUAACAGCUUGUUUUCUUUUCCCCCUCCCCACUCAGACCACUCCCAGACAGUCCUAGCAAAAUUCUUGCUUGAGAAAUAGUUUUUGGCUUUGUGGUAGAGAAGAGGAGCUGAAGAGGCUGAGAGACGAGCAGCAUCAGCUCAAGGACAAGCUUGCCCAGAAGGAGGAGAUGGUCGUGGCUCUCAGAGUGAAGCUGCAGGACCAUGAAGAAGACGCCCGUGUUCUCCGCCAACAACUGCUCUCCUCCCAAGAUGCACUGCAGCAAGUUACCGAGGGAAAGUAAAAGAGAGAGGGAAAGCAGGAUAGCCAGUGUGUGGAGACAAGAGGAGAGACUGCCUGAGAUCAGAGCGGAUCUGGUCCAACUACAGCAGCAGUAUACCACCUGCUAUGCCCAGCUGGUCCAGGAGGAGGCUGGGGUGGGCAGGCUGAGGGAGAAGCUGCGUGAGGUGGAGGAACAGAGGGAAAGACUGGCUUCUCAGGUGACAGAGAACCAGGACCUGAGCCAUGACCUGGACCUGAGCCAUGACCUGGACCUGCUCACUGAGAAACACAAGGCUGCACAGCACAAGCUGUCAGUGCAGGCUCAGCAGGAGCAGGCCCUUGGAGAGAAGAUGCAGAAACUGAAGAAGGAGGUGAGCUGUCUCCAGGGCAGCCUGAGUCAGAGAGAGGAGGACAUGGAGGCACAACUACAGACAACUGGCCAGCUACAGCAGGAGAGGCGGGACAACCAGCAGGGGGCAGUGUGUGUUCUGCGCGGGGAGCUGCAGCGGUGGCAGGCGGAAGUCCGGUCUCAACAGGAGAGCAGUGAGGAGGUGUCGGGCCUGAGGGCUGAGCUACAGGAGACCCAGGGCAGGCUGCAGCAGUGUAGAGCAACCAUGAAGCACCUCCGCUCUGACCUGGAGCACGCCCAGAGACAGACCAGGCUGAGGGCUGUGCUGCAGGAGGCUGAGAGCAGAGCAGUGGACACAGAGACAAGGCUGCAGCCCCUGACCAGGUCCCUGGAGCUGUACAGGGUCAAGUACCAGGCCUUCCUCACCAAGAUCUCCCAGCAGGACAGCACUCUACAGGCCCAGGACGAGGACCUGAAGGAAGCCAGGGCUCAGGUGGUGGAGCGGGACGGGCAUGUGCUGUGCUGCGUCUGUGUGCCCAGGCGGUGGUGUUGCAGGGGGGAGCUGAAGGCCCGCAGUGCCCAGCUGGAGAGCGGGGAUGGUGCCCUGAGCCAGCACCUCCGAGACACCCAGAGAGACCUGGAGUCCAGCCGCAAACACAGCCAGGAGUGUGAGAUGGUCAUCAGCACUAUGAGAGACAGCACUGCUGCACUGAGACGACAGGUGGAAGAACAGGAGGAGAGUGUGGUGAAGAGCCAAGCUGAUUUCUCUGUCUACAGAGCCAGUCACAUCCACUCUGACUCAGACUACGACUCCCAGCUCUGCCGCAUCCAGGAACUACAACAGGCAUUCUCCCAGACCAUGGAGCAGUGUUCCCAGGGUAGCCAGGACCUCAGUGUGUGCCAGUCAGAGGUUCCUCAGCUGAGAGAGGAGGUGUCCAGACUCACCCAGCUCAAGGACAACACUGUGGCAGAGGUGCUGUGACUGCAAGAGGCUGGGAGGCAGCUCCAGGCAGAGGCCAUGAUGGAGGGCCAGUGCAGGCUAGAGGAGGUGGGAGCUCAAGAGCAGAGGGCUGCCAGGCUGGAGCAGGACCUGCAGGCCGCCCACAGACAGUGUG